AUGUCCCGCCUACUCGUGCUUCCAACGCCCCUCUCUUCCACUUCCAUCACACUGGGUCAGCUUGUCACAGACCCACUAUACGCAGUCUCUGCCUCCCUCAAGCCAUCUACAACACCAGCCUACAAAGAGUCACAUGUUCAAUUAAAGUACGAAGACACCGUUGCUCAUGACGAAUAUGGCCGCUUCACCUCCACCCGCUUUGUCUCUCAGCUAUCUGGACAGCCUCACUACUCACACGAGAACCUUCUCCUACUGAGCGCCGAGGAAAUGUCUCAUACCACUCUUCACAAGCCUGCCGCCGUCUUCAACACUCUUCGCCAGGACAGCGUAACUCGAUCCUUCCUCCGCAAAAUGGCCUACCAAAACAAGCCAGUCUUCUUCGUCACCGGUGUCCAAACGUUGAAGAACCCCUCAUUCAAACGUGCUGUCAUCGAGGACGGCUUAGUAGCCGAGGCCAAGGCCCCGCAGUUCCGCCUACCCGUGCGACGCGUGGACUCGGCAUCAAGUCUCGACAACAGCAGCCACAUCAAAGAGGCUGAAGAACCUGUUCUCGCAGUCGAACUGCUAAAGGUCAAGUGCCUUUUUGGCGCACCCAGCGCUCCUCAUUCUAUCGCGGACCUCGACUACGAGUGGAGCUAUCACACAAUCGACGAGGGUGAGGGCCUACAGCUCUCUAUUGGCUUGGGCAACCCGCUACAAGCGACGGAGUUGAGGGCGCUGGCUGGUAUCUCGAGUGAAGAGGAGAACUCGGAGGGCGACUGGAGUUCCUCAGAUUCCGACUCGGAAGACGGCAUCGGAGGAUUUUACUAA